AUGGAAGUUGUAGACUCGUGUGAGCAUCAGAACGAGUGCAAUGGUUCCCGCUCGUCAGAAAGCCAAUCUAAAGCCACAACCCACGUUCACCACCCGCACCGAAAGUUUCACGAUACCAAUGAAUUUGAAGAACCCAAGCAGAAGGACGUUGAACAUGCUGACGCAGUAGACGUAGAAAGCGUUAGGUAUCCCGAUGGCACUGUGCGGCUACGAAACCCAAACAUCGAGCUCAUGGACCAGGAUAUUUUGUAUCAUUUGGCACUCGGUAGCGGCUCUCACGAUCUCGUUGAAAUGUUUGGCGAUGUCAAGUUUGUAUGUAUGGGUGGCACCCCCAAGCGGAUGGAACAGUUCGCGUACACGAUCAUGGCCGAGAUAGGGCACAAGUUGCCGUGCGGCACGACGCUACAGGACAUCAGUCAGUUCUCAUACAGAUACUCUAUGUACAAAGUUGGACCUGUACUUUGUAUCAGUCAUGGGAUGGGAAUACCGUCGGUGGGAAUCUUGCUGCACGAAGUGAUCAAGCUGAUGUAUCACGCCAGGGUGCGUGACCCGGUGUUCUUCAGAAUCGGCACAUGUGGUGGCAUUGGCUACGAGGGUGGCACAGUCGUGAUAUCCGAAGAGGCAGUUGAUGGUGCCCUCAGGAAUGUGCUUGAGUUGACAGUUUUAGGCAAGAUAGUUCAGAGACCUGCGAAGCUGGAUAAACGAGUGGUACGUGAGCUGAAGGCGCUGGCUGACCCUGAAGAUCCGUAUGACACCAUCACCGGUAAAACUAUGUGCACAUACGAUUUCUACGAAGGCCAGGGUCGUCUGGACGGAGCGUUCUGCGACUUUACAGAGAAUGAUAAGAUGGAGUAUUUGGAGAGCAUCCACAAGUCAGGAGUUGUGAAUAUUGAAAUGGAAUCUCUAGCCUUCGCUGCCCUGACACAUCAUGCCGGAAUUAAGGCAGCCGUGAUCUGUGUCACGCUACUUGAUAGGCUUAAAGGAGAUCAGGUCUUAGCGCCAAAAGAGGUGCUGGAUGAAUGGCAGCAGCGUCCGACAAAGCUUGUCUGUCGUUAUAUUAAAAGGUAUCUUCAGAUGAAGGGUCGGCUUUCUCUAGAUGGCCACGGUUCAGUGUCAGUCAAGAGUCCUCGUCGCUUCAAGCUGGUGCAGCAGGAGUCGGAGACUUACGACUAA